AUGAACUUCCGGUUUCUUGGUGACAUCCCUUGGGUUAAACCUCAGAGUAACCCAGAUUCAGCGGCUCAAUUGGUUCAAACCAAAGUUUUUGUUUCACAAGCCAAACAAGAAUCAUCUGGUGUUGAUCUCAAGUUGUUAGGAUGGCCCUUGUCAUUCCUUUCAUUCUUUCCAUGGGCAAAUAAUGCUGGAGAGAAGUUUCAAAGACCAACUACUAUCAAUAAAGAGUUGAAGAGACAUGCACAAAUUCCUGAAAAUGUUGCUGGAAAAGGUAAUGUGGCUACCCCUUUGCGCUUUAGGCCUUAUGUUUGCAAGGUUCCAUGGCAUACUGGGGUUAGAGCAUUUCUUUCUCAGUUGUUCCCUAGAUAUGGACAUUACUGUGGACCAAACUGGUCGAGUGGGAAAGACGGUGGAUCUCUUGUUUGGGACAAGCGGCCGAUUGAUUGGUUAGAUUACUGCUGUUAUUGCCAUGAUAUAGGGUAUGAUACUCAUGAUCAAGCUAAGCUUCUGAAGGCUGAUUUAGCCUUUCUUGAAUGCCUAGAGAAUCGGCAUAUUAUGCGGACUAAAGGAGACCCCAACAUUGCUCAUCUUUACAAGACAAUGUGCAUUAAUGGUCUUAAGAAUUUUUUAAUACCUUACAGAACGAAUCUCGUAAGUCUACAACAGUCUGGACAAUCAUUGAUUCAAUUUGGAUGGGUAAGCAAUUUGAGACGAAGAAGUUGGAACUAUCAGAAGACAUAA